UGGGAAACCCCUACAUAGUUAUGCACAGUAGCUAACGUAAUGUCUACAUUGUGCUGAUUUAGAAUACGUGUCCUAGGAAUAACUGUUUGAUGUACUAGAAAGUCUGUUGACAAUAACAGAACAUAACAGGAAGUACGUAGCCUCCGAUGUCGUCUCAUUCGUGCAUUUAAACGGAAUAUAUAGCACAACUGUUUCACGGAGAAGGUUUAUAUUUAGAAAAUACGCCAGACGAAGCACUUGAAUUCUCCACAGAAACAGACGACACAGCCCACCAGUUAGGGUGUAAUUUUUAGCUGAUAUCGCGUUAGAAAGAGCUCGAAGUGACUCAAGACAGAAAAUUCCUCUCUAUAUAUUGCAGAAAUUACUUGUAGUGACUCAGACGCGAUUGGUGAGUUUGUGAAACAUAAUUUUGUUUCAUUCCACUUCGGACUCGUCUUAGCUAAUGCGAUUGACCUUACGUCCAGCUGACCCGUGGGCGGACAGUGUCAGCCAUUAACCCGAUUGAAUCAUCACUAUUAUUUAUUUAAAUAAGGCCACAUAAUGUCCAUCAUGAAUGACGGAGAUGAUCAGUCGUCAAUCCCAGAGUCCAUGGAUGUAUAUGACGAAUUUUUCCCGAAUGGGCUCCAGCAAUAUACUGCCGCCGACAUUGCGCUCCUUAAUGGACUUGAAUCUUCGGACAUUCUUACCAGCCCAAGUUCAAACAACGGAUUUUUCGACGCAAUGGACGCUAUGGAGGCAAACUUCUCGGAAGCAGCAGCUAUUCAGGUAAAUCCUGAUAAUUAUGGAGGUUUUUCCCAGAACUUGGAUAUCCAUAGUCCUUUCAGCAACCCCAUUUUUAGCGCCGUGUCACCGAUGACCCCACAGGCCAACGCUGUUCCUUUCUUCGGUCCCGAUGAUGGCUCGCUCCAAUCAGAGAGGAUUGACAGCAGUCUAGCAGACAUUGAUCCAAUGCGGGUGAACUCGGAGAAUGUCAGAGAAACGCUUAUGGCAGACCCUAAUGCACUUGGAGAGAGCCUUGGAUCCUUUGAAUUGAACGCAACCAGAAAUGCCUCAAUACAGUCGAAUGACCACUCCCAGGGACCUUCGGCUAGUAGAAUGGCUACACAGAGACAGGGACAAACCCAAGCUACAUCCGGUACAACAGCAAACGGCACAACUGCAGAAGCUGGAGGGUACUUUUCCGAUUACAAGUUGCCGGAAUAUCACCAUUUCAAGGUAAGCGUCAAGUUCAUGUCGACACCCAUGCUAGAGAAAAACGUCACUAAUGAGGGAGGAUGCUUACUUCAUUAUCAGCCAUUAGACCGAGACCGACCACCUAUCACAGCUGAGGUAGAUAGGAUAUCGAUUCCAGUCAAGAUCAAGAAUGAACGGGACGGCUCCCUGCAAGAGUUCCCGUGGGGUAAUGAUAAACAGAAGCAAUUCACCGAGUUGAUUUUGAACAACUUCUAUCGAGGAGUUGAAUUUUACUCGCGAGAAGGGAACAUCUACGCAAGAAGAAGAUCAUAUACCAAGCUCUAUUGGCACCAUACUGAAGAACAAACUGGUUCUUCUCUAGCCAAAAUGCUGAAUAGGAACGAGGAGACUGAGGUCUUCAACUGGGAAAAAUUCAAGCAAACCUUUAAGACUAGCGCGAAGUAUGGCACCAAAUUAAGACUGCCUGCAAUUUGGUUCAGCUUUGCCCAGAAUUGGGACACGAAGACGUCGCCUUUAACAACCAAGUUAGUAUGGGCCAGGGUUGAUCCUACACGAGCUUGCGUGAUGGUGAAGGAUUUAAAACUUGAUGUCAAGUCAACUGGGAGUCCUGAAUCACUACAUUCCAGCCUUUUCGGCAUUUCCAAUGAAGCAAGUCAGAGUGUUCCACAGUGAUAAUUUAUUUCAAAUCCUUUUUUUCCAUUGGCAAAACAAUUUUUUGUUUACUUAAAUACAAACAGUUUAUUCAUGUAUAUAUAAAAAUAAAAAUAAAACAAUCGUAUGAUUUUUAGCAGACUGUGAGAAUGUAAAGAAGGGAAAAAGGGGAAAUUAUAGAUGGCUUUUAAUUGUUGUCCUAGCAGAUACCAGGUAUCCAAAAGAAAGAAAUAUUUCAUAUAUUUUGACAAAGUUACAAUUAGCGCUAAGUUGCAAAUGUCCAUUAGAUAAUGGUUAUAAUUAUGGUUGAGAGUAGUUUAAGGACAGCGGGAAUUCACCUCUUUUUUCCGUUUUGUUUUUCUCAGAGUCUCUCCUCAUGCAUAUCAUUUGAUAGCAAACUUGUAUUACUUCUACCGAGGAUUAAUACCUUGAAGGGCCCUAAGUCGUCGCGCUGUCGGAAUAAAAAAUAGAAAACCAUUUUCUAGUGCAGAGGUGUUGUAAUUGUAAUAAAAUGCAAAAUUGAUGUUGGAACUUAAAAAUUAGGUUUCCAUUUACUUGUGCAAUAAGACGUUGACCAAUUAAGAGAAUAACGAUCGAUAUCAUUGCAAUAUGUUAAAAUCAUGUAUCUAGAUGUGGAAGCAUUGUCUUUAUAAGAAACGGCCUCUGAAGAAUCGUUAAAUACUCUUUAGAUUUACAGGAAACUAAGUGAUCAAUGAUAACUACAUGACAAUGAGGGAAUAAGAUAUGAAAAUAUUUUGAUUAUUGGUUAUUGUCUUCAGUUACCAUUUAUUUCCUUUUUAAAUGUGUAAGUUUACUUGUAUAAAUGCUCAGAAAUUUACACAGUGUCAUAACUACAAGGGGCACAUUCCCUUUUAGUCGGCUGAAUAAAAAAAAAGCAGGGGGAUGGGAAAGAAUGAUAGGGAGAUGGGUGAGACAGAUGAAAGACGAUACCUUUCUGUUUUCCUUACACCUAUACACGAGGGCCCUGCUUUCUCGCAUUUCCCCGUCCCCCACCCUCUCCCCUUGAGACUAGUGACCUUUCAAUAUUCUGGGACCUGCGUUUUGCCAUUACGCAUAGGUGAACAUUUACGCAAGGAAUACAAAAGUUUCUCAUCGUGUCACACCAUGCCCAUUUACUCUAUUACUCUAUUUCCCUCUUUAUACUUUAUACUUGUUACACGUUUCGCUUUCUUUCCGUAUUGUAUAAUUCAUUUAGGUUCUUCAUGAAUACAUCAUGGAAAUUAAUAUAAUUGUUGUUAUUGUGCAUGUGCUAAGUUGUAUAUUGUAAUACUUUUCUUUGAAUAAAGAAGUUGUUACAACAGGAAAUUAAAAACUUUAAACAAUUAUUACCACCAAGAAAAAAAAAACGAGUGGUAUCAUUUUCUAUCGUCGAUAACUAUAAGACUUUUUGAUUAAUUAAUUUUUUUUAAUUAAUUUCUAAAUCCACUUUUUUAAAUUUUGUAUUAAAGUGAGAGAUCGCCAUCUGCAUUAUACUGCCUUAACAACGGUUUCCAACUGUCCAUACCUUAUUGAAUAAUGUAUGGACACAGUGUAUGUAAAUAAUUACUUUAUUAUACCAAAACUUAUGCUUUACAAUGUUAUAUUAAUGUUUUGUCCUGUGUUAUUGUUUAUUCUUUCCUGUUUUGUCCAUAGCUAUAGGAACAAAUAAAUGAUAUAAUUUAGUCUGCUAUGACCAUGUUAAGUAGUAGCCUUGUCUUCUAAAAGCACCUCCUUUACUUUUUUAAUCCUACAUUUUUAAUUCUAAUCAUUUUAUAUACUCGAUUAUUCGAACCUUUUCAUUUACUUUAUUUCUUUUUAUUGAGAAUAAAUGAAUGUAGAGGAAACUCUAACUCAAACCUAUUAAAUACAGAUGGGAUCACCUAUAAUGAGUUCCGUUGUUAUUUUAAAUUUAUAGUUACAAAAGAUAUUAAUGGUGUUAAAGAUGUACUGUAGAAGUAUAAUACAUAUACACGUAUAAUGAAAAUUGGCCUAUUACAAGAUCCGCAACUUUCAAGGUACAAGAUAAAUAAUCUUUCCAUGUAUCCAUGCCAGUAUUUGCUGAGUUCACAAGCAUAUCAUGUGUGCCAUAUUCUAUUCCUUUUUUUAUAGAAAUUUGCCGGUAAAUUCUUUCCUUUUUGCUCAAUGUACAGAUAACUUAUUGUAAAAUUGGAUAAAUAAAGAGCUCAA